AUGCACUUGAUGCUCGCACGUGACACAAAGGUAGUUAUCGAUUUUCCCGUCACCGCAAGGCAAGACGGGCAGAAAGGUAACCUCCUUUGCAUGGUGUUUCAAUGCCAAGUCAGCACAUUCAAGGAUGCCACAGCAAAGCAGGUCGAGCUGACCUUGAAGCAGACGGCAACUACAGCAACCACUGCAACCACAACCGCAAACCCAAUGGAACGUGAGCCCAUCUCAGGUGAGACUGAAGCAAACGAUCAGGAGCAGGAGACCAAGGUGGAGGAGGAAACUCAAGAGAUAGAUGAGAGGCAGGAUGCUGAGGCGAGAGAGGCACCACCCAUUGAGAAGUCGGGUCCAGUGGGUUGGAAGAAAUAUACCCCGUGCAUGAGCACCAAGAUGGCACUCAACCUGGUGCCUUGUAUGAUAUGCAUGAAUAUGCCAUAUGCAUGCCACGUCUCCAGUAAGGGCAUGUCGUGCUUUGAGUACCACAAGGGGAAGGUCAAGUGCUCCCUUGUGCAAGACGCAGGCAAAGGGAAGCAGAAGACAAUAUCACCACCAUCACCAUCACCACCACCAGCACCGGUUCCCAAGCCUAAACCUAAGCUGAAGCUGGUCGCUCCGACUACCUAUACUGUCCGGGCCUCUUCAAAGGCCACCCAAGUGCCAGGCCCAGCUACUGGGACCAAGAGUAAGUCCAGUGACCCACCCACUGUCGCACUACCACCACCACAGUUGGUGCCAGGCCUAUUGCAUAUGCAGAACAAUGCCUACACUGAGCUUCAGAUGAGCAGCAAGUGGAAGAUUGUGGCCAUUGAGGAGGAAGCGAGUGAGAGUGAGGAUGAUGAAGAAGACACAUACCUGGCCAGUAGGGUGUCUGGCCUCACUAACAUCCUCCAGAUGAUAGAGAUGGCUUGCCCCAUUAUAAGGAAGGAGGUGGAAGAGAUUGAUGGUUGGUACAUAUGGAAUAGCAUGAUGGUCAUCAUGGCUUGGGUUGGUAGGGAUUUCUGUAUUCUUGGAGGACAGCUCCAACAGGGGACUGGACUACUCAAUGAGAUUCAGAUAUGUGAAUGGACUGUCCAUCUGCCAGUGGUACAGCUCCCAUUAGGGACUGGACCUGUGGUGAGGCAUGAGUUUGUCACACUGCCAGCGGCUCCCUAUGGGAACCACACAUAUGAGAGGUCUGGCAGUGACAUUAUUGGAUGGCUACCUAUGAGCCAGCUCCAAGUGGCAACUCACAACUAA